GAUCAGCUGAUCACUUGCACUUCCACCGAAAAAUCUAGUGGUCACUCUAACCUCAAUUGUUCACUCUAAAUCGUCUCAGUGUUUCCAAUUUCCCACAAUGGAAAAGGAAAAAAGAGAAGUCCCUUCACUCUUGCGAAAAAUCCUAGCCGUUGAUGCAUACGUCACAGACGAAUUCGUUAAAAAAUUGGAGACCAUUUCCCUACUUCGACAGCUGAGAGUCCAUUGCAAGUUGCUAGAGAUAUCAGCCCACGGAAUUCCAUGGCUCGCCGGUUCAUUGGCAUUGAUAUGGAUUCUCAACAGCAAAAGUUUAUAUCAACUGCAGAUCAAUUUAUUUAUAGGGCUGUUGGUGGAUAUAUUUUUUAUCGCCAUUCUGAAAGCUGUGACGAGAAGACGAAGACCAGUGAAGACCGACGAUCCAUUUGCAAUGGGACCAGAUAAAUAUUCAUUUCCAUCCGGUCACGCAUCCAGAUCGACAUUUAUCACUUAUUUUUUUAUUAAUCUCUCACCACUCCCUCUGAUAUUCAUCCCUCCCCUAUUUGCCUGGACGAUAUCAGUCUGUCUCUCCAGAUUAUUAAUGAGAAGACAUCACAUUCUCGAUAUAACAGCAGGUGUUGCUCUGGGAUUGUUAAAUGGUUUAUUGAUAGGCAUGAUGUACCUGGAUGCUGAUACCUGUCUGGGUCUAGUCUCUUGGUUGACCGACGAAAAGCUCGACGGAGGAGAGUAUCACGUGUAAUUCCCUCCUUCAUCAUCUUCAAUAUAUUUUUUAACGAAUGACAA